GCGCUGGUCGGCUCCACUCUGCAGCCCCGAUCGCCCUGCGUCCCCGUCGUCCCGCGUCUCUGCCAGGGGCCAUGGGCCUGGGCCGCGAGCGCCAUCGCCGACCGCAGGCACCCGAACCCCGGGGCGGGCGCUGACGCGGGCGCCGCUGCCAACUUCGCACGGAGCUGCGGGCGGCGCGGGAGGCAUGAAGACCAGCCGCCGCGGCCGAGCGCUCCUGGCCGUGGCCUUGAACCUGCUGGCGCUACUCUUCGCCACUACCGCCUUCCUUACCACGUACUGGUGCCAGGGCACGCAGAGGGUGCCCAAGCCGGGCUGCGGCCAGGGCGGCGGCGCCAACUGCCCCAACUCGGGCGCCAACGCCACCGCCAACAGCACAGCCGCCCCCGCCGCCGCCGCCGCCAGCCCGGCCGGUUCGCCCUACAGCUGGGAGGCGGGCGACGAGCGCUUCCAGCUGCGCCACUUCCACACCGGCAUCUGGUACUCGUGUGAGGAGGAGCUCGAUGGCCCGGGUGAGACAUGCCGCAGCUUCAUUGACCUGGCUCCGGCUUCAGAGAAAGGGGUGCUGUGGCUGUCAGUGGUCUCCGAGGUGCUCUACAUCCUUCUGCUGGUGGUCGGCUUCAGCCUCAUGUGUCUUGAGCUCGUCCACUCCAGCAGCGUCAUAGACGGGCUCAAGCUCAACGCCUUUGCUGCCGUCUUCACGGUGCUCUCAGGCCUCCUGGGAAUGGUUGCGCACAUGAUGUACACACAGGUGUUCCAGGUCACCGUGAGCCUUGGCCCUGAAGACUGGAGACCUCAUUCUUGGGAUUAUGGGUGGUCCUUCUGCUUGGCCUGGGGUUCAUUUACCUGCUGCAUGGCGGCGUCUGUCACUACGCUCAACUCCUACACCAAGACAGUCAUUGAGUUCCGGCACAAGCGCAAGGUUUUUGAGCAGGGCUACCGGGAGGAGCCGACCUUCAUAGAUCCUGAGGCCAUCAAGUACUUCCGGGAGAGGAUUGAGAAGGGCGAUGUGAGUGAAGACGAAGACUUCCGCCUCGCCUGCCGCCACGAGAGAUGCCCCACCCGGCACCAGCCACACAUGGGAGACUCCUGGCCACGGAGCUCAGCUCAUGAGGCAGCCGAGCUAAACCGGCAGUGCUGGGUCCUGGGGCACUGGGUGUGAUGUGACCCAAGCCAGCCCCUGCCUUCCUGCCAUCGCUGGCACUACCCCUCCCACAGGACAUGGAAGCCUGGUCUGUGUGCUGUGGACUCAGCUCUCCAGUCAUGGAGACACCAGGCCUAUACUGCCACCGCUGCCUGGGUCCUGGGGCCCCACAGAUGGGUCAGGCAGGCCAGAGGGACUGUACGGACUGCACAGAGACUUGGAGGCAGCAGCCACCGCCACGCUUAGAGCCCCACCCAGCUGGGAAACCAGGAAGGACAUGGGCAUUGGCCAUUGAACGCCGGACACCCACGAUCAGACACAAAGCCAAGCAGAUGCCCAGAGAGGCAGGGCCCUGUGGGGACAGCGAGCAGGGCUUAUUGAUGGGGAGGCAGGGACUGCCUCUGCAGGGGUCACAGCAGGCACACAGCAGGGGCUCAAUAAAUACUUGUUGAACCUGUU